AACGCGCAUCGCCGUUUCUUUGCGCUUCCUGUUAGCUCGGUUAGGAUAGCGGGCAAGCGGUCGAAAAAAAAAUAUACUUAUGUAUUCAUAUAAAAGCGUAGCAUAGCUGUCAAGAAACCGCCUAUUUCGGAGUUUGUAACGUUCGUUGGGAGAAGAAAAUGAUCCGCUUCAUCCUGAUCCAGAACCGAGCGGGGAAGACGCGUCUAGCCAAGUGGUACAUGCAGUUUGACGAUGAUGAGAAGCAGAAGCUGAUCGAGGAAGUGCAUGCUGUGGUGACUGUCCGGGAUGCUAAGCACACCAACUUUGUAGAGUUCAGAAACUUCAAGAUCAUUUACCGACGUUACGCUGGCCUAUACUUCUGUAUCUGUGUGGAUGUGACAGAUAACAACCUGGCAUACCUGGAAGGUAUCCACAACUUUGUAGAGGUGCUGAAUGAGUAUUUUCACAAUGUGUGUGAACUGGACCUAGUGUUCAACUUCUACAAGGUGUACACGGUGGUGGAUGAGAUGUUCCUUGCAGGAGAGAUUAGGGAGACCAGUCAGACCAAGGUCCUCAAGCAGCUCCUCAUGCUCCAGUCGCUGGAGUAGGGACCAGCCAACCAUCAUUUCUACCUGCUGCGGCACCUAAACUAACCCUGCCCUGUACUUCUCUGGAAAGGACCCCCCCUUUCGUUUUCCUGCCUCUAUGGAGCAGGCUCCGCCCCAUACAGAGCUUGGAGGGCGGGGGGUUGUUAAGAAAAUAGAAAUACUCAAUAUUGUUUACAUACAAAUAUAUCAUGUAGAGUUGAAGUAAUCUGUUUGUUAUAGCAAUCUACAGUAUAUGUUGUGUCCAUUUACAAUAUUCUGCAACUGUUGUUCUCCACUGAUAAAUUCGCCCAAUAUAAAAGAAAAGCUGCAUAUUUUAGUGUUGCAGAUGUAUGGCCCUUGACAUUCAGAUGCUUUAUGAACUACAGCACCACAUGAGUUACAAUCAACUUCAUAUUGUUUGCCCAAAGCAAGAAGCUGCAGCAGAGAGUUACUUCACGUAGUAGCCAGUUAGUUUUUGCAUUUGUUGCCGUGCAGCCUGGUGGAAACACUGAAAGAGAUCCACCAAGCUGGCACUGCCCUGCUCUCCCCGCCCCCUCCCCCUCCUCCUUUUCUCCCCCAAAUCCUCAACUUUCGUUUAAUAGCACUACUGUAACUAACAAGCACCAUGUAUUUUGAGAGAAACUGCCUAUUAUGAUCCUUGUGUGUAGAGCACUUUUGACUUAAGAUCAGCUUCACAACAGCCUCGCAGCCCCGAUUGCAUGAAAACCAUGCAAACAAAGACGUUGCCAGACUUGUGUGGUGCAGACUUGUCACAGUUCCAAUGUGUUUUCUGUCUGGAUCACAGUGCAAGUAAACUGCAGCUGGAAAGCCCUUCACAGCAAUUGACCCACCACACUAAGUUCAUGAUUCGAUGGGGUGUGCUUACGAUGAGAGCCAUUCUGACGAUGUGUUAUGGUAACCUGUGCUGUGUCAGACGUCCUCACCGCUGAUGAUGAUGAACAGUGUGGGCUACAGUGUCUUAGAUAGCUGCACUCUAAUGUUGUAGUCAUUUGGUUUGCUCCGUGAAAGAUCUAGAUCAUUCUAUGCAACUCUGAAUUAAAUGGUGCUUGUUGGUCACACUUUUGAACACUCAAAACACAAAUGCACCCAAAUACUCACCAAUGGAAAGAGCUCUUCAGAUCACAGUGGGAAAGGAAGUCUUUUCAGUGGAAAUAGCAAAUAUAUUUUACGUAAAGCAGUACUGUGAAGUUUGCUUUGUAUGGUGUGUACAGACAGUAUAUCUUACAUACAAUGUGUUAAUUGUGUGAAACUAAAAUGUUCAUUCCAGAAUUUUAAAGUGUUUUUCUUACCCAUGAUAUGACUUGUUCAGGAUUAACAUUUCAGCUCUACAGGAUUGGUAUGACCUGAUGGCACAAAAUGAAUUUGAAUCAUAAAACGCGUGUCAGAGGCUUCAUAAUCCUCAAAUUUGUUUUUCUUCUUUGGAGUUAAAGGUCCCACUUACCACCUGCCAUACUCUAACUUUAACAUGUCUAGUCACAAAAGUGUCAUAAGUGGUUGCACUUGCUGAAUUUUUGUAUGAUUUUUUUUUUUAUGGUUUAGCAUAAGUGAAAGAUGAACUGCUUCCUCUGUCAUCCAUCUGUGUGAGUUUGCUGAUGGAAGAUGUGUUUGUAUGUAUUACUGUCUCCUGUUCAACUACCCACAUCAAUUUAUUCCAUUCUGUGUAUAUAAUAAAUGGAUGAAAUGCUAAAUAAACGCUUGUCUACAAU